CCCACUAUUUUCAGCCCACGGAGACGGAACACACGGCAGAAGAAACCAAAUCGAUAAUCAGAAAUAAAAAUAAUAAUAGGCGGAGAAGCGAAGCGCGGAUCCGCUUCCUCGUCCACUGAUCAAUCGCCUCGUCGCGCCCCCGCGGUAGGAGCCAUGGCGUCGUCGGCGCUCAUCUGCGACACCGAGCAGUGGAGGGGCCUCCAGGCGCACGUUGGGGCGAUUCAGAAAACGCACCUGCGCGAUCUGAUGCAUGAUGCUGAGCGCUGCACAGCAAUGACAGCUGAGUAUGAAGGCAUAUUUCUGGAUUACUCGAGGCAGCGUGCGACUGUUGAGACCAUGGAUAAGCUGUUCAAAUUGGCUGAGGCUGCAAACCUCAAGGAGAAGAUCGAGAAGAUGUUCAGAGGUGACAAGAUAAAUAGCACAGAGAACAGAUCUGUGCUUCAUGUAGCUCUAAGAGCUCCAAGAGAUGAAGUAAUAAAAAGUGAUGGGGUCAAUGUGGUUCCUGAAGUUUGGGGUGUAAAAGAUAAAAUCAAGCAGUUUUCAGAAACUUUUAGGAGCGGAUCAUGGGUUGGGGUAACCGGUAAAGCAUUGACAAAUGUUGUGUCGGUUGGUAUAGGUGGUAGCUUUCUUGGUCCUUUGUUUGUACAUGCUGCCCUCCAGACAGAUCCAGAAGCUGCAGAGUCUGCCAAAGGGCGACAGUUAAGAUUUCUUGCAAAUGUCGACCCUGUUGAUGUUGCACGAAGCAUCAAGGAUCUAGAUCCUGAAACAACACUUGUUGUGGUUGUCUCAAAGACCUUCACAACAGCUGAAACAAUGUUAAAUGCUCGAACUCUCAAGGAGUGGAUCGUCUCUUCUCUUGGACCUGAUGCUGUUGCGAAACAUAUGAUUGCUGUCAGUACUAAUCUUGAGCUUGUAGAGAAAUUUGGAAUUGACCCUAAAAAUGCUUUUGCAUUUUGGGACUGGGUUGGCGGCCGCUAUAGUGUUUGCAGUGCUGUUGGUGUCCUGCCCUUAUCUCUUCAAUAUGGCUUUCCGAUUGUUCAGAAAUUUUUGGAGGGUGCAGCCAGCAUUGACAAACACUUCCGUACAUCUGCAUUUGAGAAAAAUAUACCUGUACUCCUUGGUUUGCUGAGUGUGUGGAAUGUCUCAUUUCUCGGAUAUCCAGCUAGAGCAAUAUUACCCUACUCCCAAGCACUUGAGAAACUUGCACCGCAUAUUCAGCAGCUUAGCAUGGAGAGUAAUGGAAAGGGUGUCUCCAUUGAUGGUGUUCAACUGUCCUUUGAGACUGGUGAAAUUGAUUUUGGUGAACCUGGAACCAAUGGGCAACACAGCUUCUAUCAAUUAAUCCAUCAGGGAAGAGUUAUUCCUUGUGAUUUUAUUGGUGUCGUGAAAAGCCAGCAACCUGUUUACUUGAAAGGGGAAAUUGUGAGCAAUCAUGACGAAUUGAUGUCCAAUUUCUUUGCUCAGCCUGAUGCACUUGCCUAUGGAAAGACUCCUGAGCAACUGCACAGUGAGAAAGUACCUGAACAUCUUAUCCCUCAUAAGACUUUUCAGGGCAACCGACCAUCACUUAGUAUAUUGCUGCCCUCACUAUCUGCUUAUGAGAUUGGACAGCUUUUAGCCAUAUACGAGCACCGGAUAGCGGUUCAGGGUUUCCUAUGGGGAAUUAACUCAUUUGAUCAGUGGGGAGUGGAACUGGGCAAGUCUCUGGCUUCUCAAGUGAGAAAAUCUCUGCAUGCAUCCCGCGUGGAAGGAAAGCCUGUGCAGGGGUUCAACAGCAGCACUGCAAGUUUGCUGACACGAUAUCUUGCUGUUGAGCCAUCCAUUCCUUUCAACACUACAACGCUGCCGAAAGUAUAAUCAACAAUACAACGCUGCGUAUUCUGAUAUGUUUGGCAAGCUAGUUUCUUGAUUUAAACAAGGUUAAUAAGUUUUGAGUUCUUUUUUGAGUUGUUACAGACUUACAGGCUUACGGCCAGUUUACAGUGCUUCUGUGGUUUCCUUGUGUUUCUUUACUCCCAACAGAACAAAAAGGUAAAAAGCAAGGAAACUAUUGUGGAAUAAAUUAAGUUGUGUCAGCAGAAGAAAUUAUCAUUAAAUAAAUACGGAGUAUUUGGCUUGAACUUUGAA